CUCAUAAGCGUAAGCAAGUUUCAGUUGAAUGGUAUUACUACGCCUGAAAACAUCAGCCAAAAUUGGCUCUCUUACGUUGUUGUUUCAGAAAGAAUUAUUCUGAGUUGAACCCUUUUUUUGUGUGAAAAGCAAUCCUGAAAGGAUAAUACACAAACAUUUACAGUGAAGUGAAAAGCUUAUCUAAUGAACAGAAUUACAAGCGCACCCAAAGUGUCUAUCCGAAAAUUAAAAAUUCGUUUGUCAAUUAAAACAAAAAGACUUAGUAACUGUAUUCAGUGUUUCUGAAGUGAUUGAUUUUUUUCUUAUUAACACGAAACUCUUUAUCUAAAAUGCCGGUUGAUAUAUGCAGUUGCCCCCAAUUUUCAUUGGACCCUGAGUCCGCAUCGACCACAGAUACCUCGUCACUACCACCCAGAGAGAAACCACACAGCAUGAACAAACUCUGUCGCCAAGUGUCAAUUGAAUCACCCGGUCCGGUGGUGAAGAAUUGUGUCUUCAAUUUUUUCGUACCUAUUGAGGAUACACCACCCCAAGGUGCCCGCAUAAAGAUAGUAUACGCUGGUGCCUGUUAUCGUCGUCGUGAUCGUUCAGCCUCAAUCACCAGCAUAUCGUCUGUGUCGUCAGAUCUUAGCGACUAUUGUCCGAAUUUGCCCACUCAGUCGUCACCUGCACAUCCAAUGCGCGAAAAUCCCACGCAUCAAGGCAUACGUGAGGGUUCCAUUUAUGCUGGCUACGAAGUGGCCGGUGUUAUCGAGUCUCUUGGCUCUGAAAUCACAAAUAACUAUGGCCUACGUAUUGGUCAACGUGUAGUGGUCUAUCCAUUCGAUGAGGCACCAGCUGGUUAUGCUGAAUUAAUGGUGGUACCCGAUCUCAAGUAUGUAGUGCCGAUUCCUGAUAAUUUGCCAUUGAGCGUUGCCGCCCUAUUGCCAACUGGUGCUUUGCUGGCGAUGAAUGCCGUUUUCAAGGCUUACGAAGUGGUAACCGAAUUGUCAAAGAAGCGCCCAGCUGAAGAGGCGGAUAAGAAGUUCAAAGUGCUGAUUGUCGGUACCGGCGGGUUGGCGUUGUGGGCUGUGCGUAUCGCUACACAUCACUUCGAAUCGACUGGCGCCAAUAACUACGUCGACAUUACUGUAGCCAGUCUGCGGGACGAGGGUUUCCGUUUGGCCACCGAAAUCGAAAAUGUCAGUGUAGUUCAGUGGAAUGAGUGUCUCUAUGAACCACAGCUCAUCGAGCGUACCAAAGAUGUGUGCGGUGGGCCCGUGGAUGUCGUUAUUGAUUUCGGCACAACCUCUCGCAGUUUGCAUCGCUCUAUGCAUUGUCUGACUAAGGGUGGUGUUGUGCUUAUAAGUGAAGAUGUUGCUGAGAAAUUGUUGCCUAAAUUUUCGCGCUUGGCUAUGGAAUGUCAGCAGGAGAUUAUACCCAUAUCAAACGGCACAGUGGAGCAGCUGCACGGGCUUGUGCAGUUAGUUGCGAACAAAACGAUCGAACCGAUACCUCAUUCAGUGUUCCCCUGCGAACAAGCAGCAGAAGUCGUGCAGAAAUUAUGCAACUCGGAAAUACCCGGUCGCGCAUUACUAAAGUUUCAUGAUAUCGAAUAAAUCAUCACCAAUCAUGACGUAUCGGCUGUAGCGGUGAUAGCAUCUUUUCCCAUCACUCUGGCUGCAAGGAAAAACGCAUACGCGGAACUCGACGGCGGCAAAGAGAAUUUGUUUACCACUAAACCAACAUAAAUUAUUUGUAUGUUUAUUCCAGCAAGGAUGAAAUUUUAGAUAUAAAAAAGGUUUAUAUCCCAUAAAAGUGCAAGAAGCAAUUGGUUUGUUCGUCUGCACAAUUGCUAAUUUGUAAUUUGUGUAUUAGGAAGAAAAAAAGCAAAUCUUUAGAUGUACGAAUUUUUUUAGUAGUUUUUGUUAGAACUAAAAAUUAUUUCAUGCAUAUAUUGUAUUCAAAUAUUGAGCUAACCCUUUGGACGACCGUUGCAAUAUAAAACAGAAACAAUUACUUAUUCAUCAACAUCGCAUAUGCACAUGAUACAUAGAGACAUAUAUGUAUGUACGUAUACUCAUUAUAAGCUAGUUUACAUUCAUGCCAAUAGUGCACAAAAUAAACUUCAAACUACUAAUUACUGUUCGUUUGAGGAUGCGAAUAAUUAAAAAAUGAACCACCCAUCAUAAUACCAUUGUAAUAUGUGCUUGGAAAUAUGUAUGUUUGUAGAAGUCGUAAAAAAUAUUGAUCAUAACUAAGUGAUAGAGUUGGCAGAACCCGCUCAAGAGCCAUUGGCACAUAUUAUGUAUGCAAAUUAUAAGAAGGCAAAAAAUUUUCAGACGCACUUACACACACACAGUAAGAAAUAUUGUUGACUUGUUCGUGCGUUUGCAAAAUAUGUAUUUGCAUUGAAAUUUGUUCAAAUAUUUUUUUAGUCUACCAACUUCGACUAGUUCCAUUUGCAUACACUUUCAUCAUACAUACGUACAUAAACGCGCAGUGUAAGAGCUUCAAGAUUUUAAGUUAGUCGCAAUAAUUUGCUUUUAUUAGUGAUGUUUUUGUUAUUGCUUUAAGGGCAACAAGAAACUGUAGAGUAGUUUUUUGACCCAUCGCUACGCAAUUGUAAUUAUACAUUUUUAAUGAUUUUAUUAUUCAUUUUUCCUUUAUUUAUUACAUAAAUGUACAAUUUUCUGGUAAAUUUGUUCGACAAAGUCUCUUCACCGCAAUGUAUUAGUAAAAAUUUGAAUUUGGAAAUUAUUUUUAGUUAGACUUUUAAUCUUAAUUCAUACAUACUUUUGUGUAAUGAUUUUCAUAAUCAUUCUAUUUUUGUAAAUAUCUACAUAUGUAUGCAUACAUAAUUAUUUUAACGGAUUUAUACUUUUAAGUUUUAAAAUUAAAAAUUUUAUUCUCAGUGGAUCACACACAAUGAACAAAUAUUAAAGUAAAUAAAAUUUGAUUAAGAACAAACCCUUGUAGAUGUUCAAUAUUAAUUUAUUAUUGAUUGUUAAUUAUAUUAUUGUAUGGCAAUGUAUUCGUACAAAAUUACUAUUUGUACUAUUGCAACUUAAGCAUUAUUCAAAGUUAUCGAUUAGCUCGCAAAAUUUAUUGUCAUAGAGGGCGAAAAUUUGUGCAGUGUUGUGCAAGAAAGUAAGGUAAAUUUAUUAAAUAAAAUACAAACAAAAAUA